CAUGUAUCUGAUGCUUGUUAGCAUGCUGUUGUUCGCUGCAUUUCACAUGCAGACAGCGCAGAGCUUAGCACCACGUGGUAAAUUCACAAGCGUGAGCUUUGAGCACAAUACCGAGUUCUUUACAAAUAUGUCGUGUUGGCUCACGCCCGAAGGCAAACUUAAUCUAGAUGUGUAUAUAAAACGCAACAUGCCCCUGGCCAUGCGUACGUCUAUUACGGUGCAGUACCAGAUCGAGAACUCGGCGAACUAUUAUACGCUCUUCAGCUAUGACGUGGACAGCUGUAAGGCCAUGAAAGAUCUGCUGCAGUUCGGUCUGACCAACAUCUGGUUUCGGAACCUACGCAAAUACGGAAAUCUAACGAACAUCUGUCCCAUGAAGGCUGGCUAUUAUGAUUUGCGCAAUUUUCACCUGGAGAACAACAGCAUUCCGGCGUAUCUGGGGUCAGGCAAUUAUCGCAUCAGAGAUGUGAACUAUUAUGGUAAAAACAAUGCAAACAAUGUGAACCCCAAGGCCAAGAAACGUCUCCCUGUCUCGUCUAUCGUUUUGCAAUUGCAAUUGUAUUAA